CAAAAAAAUAAAAAAUAAAAAUAGGAGAAGAGAACUUUAUCUACUUCUACAGUGUAAAAACCCUAGGGUAUGACAGUAGGGAAUUGGUUCUAAACCCUAGUUCAAUGUUGGUUCUCUUGUUCCGAUAAUUACCAGUUCAUAUCAAACAAUCAGAACAACGAAGAAAGAAGCUACACAGAAGCUAUUGGUGUGUAGAAUCUCCGAGAAUCUCAGUGGUGUCUGUCUUCGCCAAUGGAGAAAGGACCUUCUUUUCUAUUCUCAGGCAUCACCUUCAACAAAAAGAGGUUCGCCAGCGACUUCGCGAGGUUCAAGGAGAAGAAAGAAAGUGAUGAUUUAUUAAACGAUACAUCGAGCUUGGUCGAAAGCCAAAACUCUGAAAUAGAAGAGAGGACGGUGCCAGCCAAGAAGAGGAAGAGGAAGUCAAUGGUUUCAGAACCAGUUGAAGGAUUCAAUGUAUUCAAAAGUUCAAAAUCAGAAGACGUGACGGAAGAGAAUGUCCAGACUGAGAAUGAUGUUUCCCAAGGAAAGAAGGAACUGUACAGACAAAUGGAGCGGGAUGCGCUUUUCCGAAAGAAACAUAACAUCCACACUUCUGGGAGUAAUGUCCCAUCUCCUCUUCAGAAUUUUACAGAGUUAAAAUCAAGAUAUGGAUGCAAACAAUAUUUGUUACGCAAUUUUGCAGAACUUGGAUAUAAAGAGCCAACACCAAUUCAAAGGCAGGCUAUUCCAGUUAUUUUAUCUGGGCGGGAAUGCUUUGCUUGUGCUCCAACUGGUUCUGGCAAAACCUUGGCUUUUGUUUGCCCCAUGCUUAUGAAACUUAAGCAUGCUUCAAAAGAUGGUGUCCGAGCUGUGAUCCUUUGUCCUACACGAGAGUUAGCUGCUCAGACAGCAAGAGAGUGCAAGAAGAUGGCUAAAGGAAAGAAAUUUUAUAUCAAGUUAAUGACCAGUCAGCUUGUUAGAAGUGCUGAUUUUUCAAAAUUACAUUGUGAUAUACUCAUAUCAACACCACUUCGGUUACAGUUUGCCAUACGCAAAAGAAAGCUUGAUUUAAGCAGGGUUGAAUACCUUGUUCUGGAUGAGUCAGAUAAGCUAUUUGAGCUUGGCUUGGUGAAGCAGGUUGAUUCGGUGGUCAAAGCGUGCUCCAAUCCUUCGAUAUCUUCAUUGUUUAGUGCUACUUUACCUGAUGCGGUUGAAGAGCUUGCGCGCACAAUAAUGCAUGAUGCUGUUCGUGUUAUUAUUGGCAGGAAAAAUUCUGCUUCUGAAUCAAUAAAGCAAAAACUGGUUUUUGUUGGGAGUGAAGAAGGGAAACUUCUUGCUCUUCGUCAAAGUUUUGCAGAGAGUUUGAAUCCUCCAGUACUAGUCUUUCUUCAAAACAAGGAAAGGGCAAAGGAGCUUUACAAGGAACUGGCUUUUGAUGACAUCAGAGCUGAUGUUAUACAUGCUGAUAUGAGCCAAAUGCAGCGAGAAAAUGCUAUUGAUAACUUCAGAGCUGGCAAAAUAUGGGUUUUGAUUGCGACUGAUGUUAUUGCCCGAGGUAUGGAUUUCAAAGGUGUCAAUUGUGUGAUUAACUAUGAUUUCCCAGAUUCUGCAUCAGCAUACAUUCACAGGAUUGGGCGAUCUGGUAGAGCGGGGAGGAGUGGAGAAGCUAUCACUUUAUAUACAGAGGCCGAUGUUCCAUUUUUGAGAAAUAUAGCAAACGUGAUGGCAGCUUCUGGCUGUGAGGUUCCUGCUUGGAUCAUGUCGUUGACCAAACGAAAGUGGAAAAAACACCGGCCACAAAGAGACACUAUUUUGACCAAACCAAAAGAUGAUGAGGAACAGUAAGCACUUGUUGAGGCCAGCUUUUGGUGUAAGAGAAAUCCCCCUUUUGUGUUCUAUUGUUUGCAAUUGUGAUCCAUUUGAAAUUUCAUUUUGUAAGUUAAGAUAUUCCAGGUUUAGUCUUUUCAAUUCUAGCUGCAAAUGUGCAAUUGAACUAAAAUUCAGUUUUGUUUUUUUUAAUUUAAUUUUAUUUCUUCUUGAUCAAUUUGGGAUCAUGUACUUGCUGAAGAGCCAUUUUACUGGUUGAAAAACCUUAGCAACCAAAUGAAUAUACUUGGGGUUUUUGAUUUGAUUCGUAGAGACGAAGCAUCUACUAAUAUAUACGCAUCUUUGCCA